UUGUAAUUUGGGUUGUGUGAAAACUUCUUUGGACCUCAUAAACAACCACAGAACCACAAGUUGGGUAGCCUGGCAGUGUCAGAAGUGUAAGCCCAGCACAGUGGUCAGCAGGCAGGACGAAUCACACUGAAUGCAAACCACAGGCUUUCAUAGAGCGGUAAAAGAAAUCAUUGAACCCCCACGCCUUCAGGAGAGGUGCAUUUUCGAAAGGAAACGAUGGCUUCAGACAGCAUUUUUGAGUCAUUUCCUUCAUAUCCACAGUGCUUCAUGAGAGAUGCCAGCACGAGCCGCCGCUUCACGCCGCCUUCCACCGCGCUGAGCCCCGGCAAGAUGAGCGAGGCGCUGCCGCUGGGCGCCCCGGAUGGCGGCGCCGCCCUGGCCAGCAAGCUGAGGAGCGGCGACCGCAGCAUGGUGGAGGUACUAGCUGACCACCCAGGCGAGCUGGUGCGCACCGACAGCCCCAACUUCCUCUGCUCCGUGCUGCCCACUCACUGGCGCUGCAACAAGACCCUGCCCAUCGCUUUCAAGGUGGUAGCGCUGGGGGACGUUCCGGAUGGCACUCUGGUCACCGUCAUGGCUGGCAAUGAUGAAAACUACUCGGCAGAACUGAGAAACGCUACCGCAGCCAUGAAGAACCAGGUGGCACGAUUCAACGACCUCAGGUUUGUCGGUCGGAGUGGUAGAGGCAAGAGCUUCACCCUGACCAUCACCGUCUUUACAAACCCGCCACAAGUUGCCACCUACCAUAGAGCCAUCAAAAUCACAGUGGACGGCCCCCGAGAACCCCGAAGACAUCGGCAGAAACUAGAUGAUCAGACCAAGCCCGGGAGCUUGUCCUUUUCCGAGCGGCUCAGUGAACUGGAGCAGCUGCGGCGCACGGCCAUGAGGGUCAGCCCGCACCACCCAGCCCCCACGCCCAACCCUCGGGCCUCCUUGAACCACUCCACUGCCUUUAACCCUCAGCCUCAAAGUCAGAUGCAGGAUGCCAGGCAGAUCCAGCCGUCCCCACCGUGGUCCUAUGAUCAGUCCUACCAGUACCUGGGAUCCAUCACCUCUUCCUCUGUGCACCCAGCGACACCCAUUUCACCCGGCCGUGCCAGCGGCAUGACCAGCCUCUCUGCGGAACUUUCCAGUCGCCUCUCAACGGCCCCGGAUCUGACAGCCUUUGGCGACCCGCGCCAGUUCCCCACGCUGCCGUCCAUCUCCGACCCGCGCAUGCACUACCCUGGCGCCUUCACCUACUCGCCGCCGGUCACGUCGGGCAUCGGCAUCGGCAUGUCAGCCAUGAGCUCGGCCUCUCGCUACCACACCUACCUGCCGCCGCCCUACCCCGGCUCCUCACAGGCGCAGGCCGGGCCCUUCCAGACCGGCUCGCCCUCCUACCACCUGUACUACGGCGCCUCGGCCGGCUCCUACCAGUUCUCCAUGGUGGGCGGCGAGCGCUCGCCCCCGCGCAUCCUGCCACCCUGCACCAACGCGUCCACCGGCGCCGCGCUGCUCAACCCCAGCCUCCCCAGCCAGAGCGACGUGGUGGAGACCGAGGGCAGCCAUAGCAACUCGCCCACCAACAUGCCCCCCGCGCGCCUGGAGGAGGCCGUGUGGCGGCCCUACUGAGCACCAUCGCCACCGAGGGACUGAGCCCACCCGCCCGCCCGCUCGCCCGCCGUCCAUGCACAGACCCCCGCCAGGAGGGCCCUUGGAGGCCGACAGGAAGAUUCCCGGAGGGAAACUGUGAAUGCUUCUGAUUUAGCAAAUGCUGUGAAUAAAAGAAAGAUUUUAUACCCUUGACUUCACUUUUUAACCACGUUGUUUAUUCCAAAGAGUGUGGAAUGUUUUCGGUUCUGGGUGGGGAAGACGCAGCCCACCCUGUUCGGCAUCUAUUUCUGAUUUCGGAGUUUCUUUUCCGCACCUUAUCGAUUGCAAAAAUGCCUGUUUGCAUCUGGGUGGUCGUUUAUUUUUAAGUAUGUAUAGAUUUGAGCUUGCUUUAUUUCUUCCUUUGACCAACUCAAAGAAAUAGAAUUCCCUUCUCAGUAAGGUUUAUUUAACUUUUAGACUUUCAUGUAGCUGGGGGUUUUAUUUGUGUUUGGUUUUUGUUUUUGUUUUUUAAAGAGACAGCUACAGCUUUGGGUCAUUUUUUUUUAACUACUGUAUUUCCACAAAGAAAUCCCUAGAUAUUUAUGUAUCUCGAUGUUUGAACAUUUACAUAUGUGUUGAUACUUUUUUUAAUUAUUUAAAUGUACUUAUAUUAAGAAAAAAUAUCAAGUACUACAUUUUUCUUUAUAAUAGCCAAAGUUAAAUAUUAUUGCGUUGAAGAUGGCUGGAAAAAAAGAGCUCGCUUGGUUAUCUAGAGAUAUUGUUUACAUUAAACUCUAUGUCAUUCAAACAAGUUGGUUGGCAAUGCAGCAAUGUGUUUUAAUUAGAUUGUAGACACUGAGGGUCACUCCAAGGUCAGAAGUACAAAAUGUUCUGCUAGGCUCAACAAAUAGUCUCAUACCUGGCUCCUUCCCUUCAAAAAGAAAGGCAAAAUUCUGCCCUGUUAGGGUCCAGAGAGGUGCCAAGGAUGACUGCUCUGAAGAGGGUUUCAUUUGGGCCUGGAGACAUGCUUGCCCCAAGGCGUCCUCAUUUAGGCUUUUACACAGCUCAACCGAGCAAGCUGUUGGUCAGAGGUUUGGUUACACGGUAUUUACAUAGACCCAAACCAGGCAAUGGGAUUCUUUAAUCGCCUUCCAUUAUAGUACCUGUUCAUUGAUGAAAACCCAAAGAUCCAAAUAGAAGAGGUGAGACCAGGUGCCUUUGAGGCCCAAAGGCUGAGUUUAAAGAGUGUAACCCCAAAAGUCUGAAGGAGCCAGUUUCCCUCUAGCCGUCUUAGUGGGAUCAGUCAUGGGAGACAGAUACCACAUCAACCUGUGUAGGAUGCUCUCUCAGCUGCCCUCUCACCGGCAUCUUUCAACCAGGCUGAGCCUCUGACCUUUGGGGUUUGUGCACUUUCCCAGUGCAUCAGCAUGAUAGAUUCCUGUCUCUACAGUCUGCCAUGGCUACGGUUCAGAUGUGCAUCACGUCACUGUAAAUGUAAUGGUACUAUUGUUACAGUGGAGGACUUGGUCAAAAUCCAGUUGUUCUGCAACUUACAAAGUCUAACUGCUGGUUCUGAUAUACAUGUACUCAAAAUGAUCUGGUUGGGUUCUUUGUUUUUGUUUUUAAUGUACCUCUUAAAUUAGUUGAAAUGAUGUCAGGUCAACUCCGAAGAGCGUUUGAAAGCAGGACUUCAGAACAGUGUUUGAUUUUUUUUAAUUAUUAUUAUUAUUUUAUAAAUUUAAGCAUUCAGAUUAGAUCUUUGGCUGCAGGCAGCAAAAACAGCUGGACUUAUUUAAAAAAAUACAACGUGUUUUUUGAGUUAUCUAUAUCUAUAUCUAUAUAGUUAUUCUUUGUUUUACAUAGAGCAGCAGCACUUUGGUAACCUGUGAUACCAGGUUGUUCUUGUCUGGAGAAGAGCUCUGGCAGAAUUUGGGGAAACUCAGAACAGAUUUUCAUAUCAGACACGUCUCUCCUCCUUCAUCCGGUCUCAGUUAUUCCACAGAACAUGUAUGCAGCUGUGUUGUCAGAAAACCAAAAAUUUUAAUUUCUCAGAAGGACCAUUGGUUUGUUUCUCCAAAAUUGGAUGUUCCUCUUAGCAUAGAGUGCCAAGUCUGGCCUGAGAAAAUGCCAGGGAAAGACGAAGGAGAGAAAUUUAUAUUUUUUCAUAUUAAUUUUGAUAUCUGAAGACACUCUAGCCCUAAGAGAGGAAGCAGAUAAUCUCACACAUUGAGCCUUUGGCCUGGGCAUCCAGAAGGCUUGUCAUUUUGUUAUGGACGGCCCGGUGAGCCGCUGAGUGCUCCCUGAACCUUUAUCAACAUAGGCAGUAUUUAGUCAUCUCAGAAAAAAAAACCAAUCAGGCACUGCUCGUCUUGGAGAUAGAUUCCACGGGGCACAUAUUUUUCUACCUGAGAAAUUGAUUCAUUGCCCUCAGGUGCAUCAAGGUGUCUCCUCAUUCUCUGUCUUCAGGGAAGACGCUUAAGCCAAUUCUGAGAUAAGGGAGCUGUUGGGAAAACUGGUCCAGAAAAAGAAACCUGGGAUAAGCCGUUUCUGCUGCUUAUUCAAGCCCCUGUUUACCACUUUAACACAUACUUCAUUCCUUCUGCUUUUCUCGCCAUCUGUAUCCUCCCAAGAUCCCUUCUCGCUUUGCUUUUCCCUCCUCCAAACUCCACACUCUCCUCCUACAUAGUUUAUAGGUAGGCAACACACAUGCACACAUGUACACACACACACACACCCUCUCCCCCAUACCAAGUGUCCAGAACACAGAAAGUCCAGUUCUUCUCUGUUUAUUAAGAACAGGGUGAGUCAGCCAUUCUCUUGCUCACGGGUUUUUUUUUUUCCCAACAGAACAGAGGCCUUGCCGGCCAUGUUGGGUCUGCUCUGUCCAGACACUGCAACAGAAACUCUCCAGAUCACAGCCUGUGGCUGAGUGGCUGUGCUGCUGCCCUACAGUCCUGUGCAGGCAGACGCACACUGGGACUGGAAGGAGUGUCUCUCCUUCAGCCUCUUUUUUCUCAAACCACCUCUACUGAGGGCCGCAGAUUUCUUUCUUGGAAUAACUUUUCUCCCCAGGACGUUCUGUCUUAGUGGGUUUUGGUUUUGAUGAUUUUCUUUUUUUUUGGUUCUUUUCAUUUUGUUUGUAGGAGAAAGCAUAAGAUGUUGAUGGUCUUUCAUACAUGAAAAUAAAUGGUUUGACAACAGUCUCAGAAUAUCUUUUUUUUUUCCAAAUCUGAACAAAGCACUGUUUUGUUUACUCACAGUACACAUUUAUUUGGCGGUUUGGCUGGCCGGCCGGUUAGUUGUGUGUUGGGAACCUUCCCUCCCUCAGCCAGCGCGGUGUGGACACAGCUGAUCAUUUGUCUUUCUUUUUAUUUUUUUACUCAGAAGAGUUGUAUCAACAAACUCAAUUGUAUUUAUGUAUGUAAAUAGAUUUCACGCUUCAUUAUAAAAUAUUGUUAAUGCCUGUAAUAACUUUUUCACAUUUUGUGUGUGUUCCUAAGGACUUUUUUCUUAUGUUCGCUAAAUAUUGUAGAAGAAAAUUGCUUCUCUCCACUUGUUUAUUUCAGAUUUAAAAAAAAACAAAAAACAACCAACCCGAGCUACUUCCUACUCACUUUUAUAAACAGGUAAUAAACAAGCAUGGUUUCAA